AGAGAGUCAAAAGUCCCCCACACAAGGAGUAUAUAACUCUAGGUUCUAGUCUCUGCGUGGGAGUAGAAGUAAACUUCACGAAAUCUGACAGUCUUCUUAACUGCAGCUUUGGAUUCAUUUUCAGAUUUUUGUAAAAGUACAACAACCACGGCAAAGUGACUUGUUGGUUUUCCAGCUGUGUGCAAUAGAGGAAUGGAGCCCCAGGAUACAGAUGUGCGGUACACCAGCUGGAAUGAGAGCACCCGGGAUGACGUACGCAUGACUGGGUCUUCCUCUGCGUCCGGAGUGUUAGCGUGCUAUGAUAAGAUGUUCACCGGAAAUCUGGGAAUCGCUGUGAAAGUGGCGGCAGUCCUUGUUUUCAUGAUCGUCAUUUACCUCAUUGGAUACGUUUCUGGGUACUACGUCCACAAGUGCAAAUAGGAGACAUUUAAAGUAUAAAUGAAGCAAAUACUGUCGGAAUUUGAAAAAUAAUAAUCCCAUUAUUUACGGAUUACAACCAAAUGUCAAUAUCGAAUCCUGUAUAGCCCUUUAAAACAUGUAAAGUAACAUAAAUGAACACGCUGUACAUCUCUGACGUGGAAUGUAAAUGUAUACAAGUUUUUUUUUAAGUAAACAAUCACUGUCUGAAUGUGAAACGUUAUUCUUGUAUUCCGUGUGUGCUUUCAUGCUGGGCAAUUUUCAGAGCGUUUUAUCCACGGUGAGCUCUACAUCCUGGAGAGUGAUGGUGUCCUCGGGUUUUCCAUCUGACCCCUGAAUAACUUAAUGGAAUCAAUUAUUUGCUUAAUUAGGAAACGUUCACAUGCAUUCCAGGCCUGCAGGACAAUGGCCGUGUGGUUUGAAAUACCUGCUCUAUUGGGUUAUGUAGCAUGUCUAAGCUUUAUGAAUAUGACUGAAAUUGUCAUUAUCUUCAUUCUUUUUAGUAUGGAAUCAUGCCUCUCAUACUAAAUUUCUACUGUCAUUCCAAAGUAGAGAAAUCAAAAUGAGAAACCUGGUUAAGGAAAAGUGAUCCUUGUGUUCCUGCAAGUUCGUUAAAAAAUGUUGCAAAUGAAUCAGGCAUUUCCUGUUACAGUGUGGAGGCUGCCAGUUUUAACCUGGUAACUUUGAAGUUGACCAAUCCUGCACACUCGUACUUUCCAAUUAAAGCAAAGAAAUGGGUGUAUCAGCUCUGUGUUUCAUUCUGUAGGGAGACUGGGAGGGUUAUAGAAUCACUGAAUCACCCAGAGAAACUAAAUGCUCAGAGUUUUGUAUCACAUCUGAAAACAUUCUAGUUUAGAAGGCACAACCUGUUUAAAUAUACUGUUUGUUUUACUUUGUAUUUUACUGAUCUCAUUCUUUGUAUUUUUCUGCUGUUGUGUUUCCAUUUUCUUCUGUACAGCCCUCUGGCAUAGUUGUAGUUUUAAACGGUGCAAAUUAAACUUAAAUGUUUCAUUAUCAUAUGA